CUCAAAUCUCCCCCGCCAUCUUCUCGCAAUUGUCCCUUUCUCACAACACAACACAUCACGGACUGUCUUUUCCUUCACUGACUAUCUCUCCUUCGAAUAAUUAUAGACAGUCAAUCCCUGGGAAUCCUACACAAUGUCUCUCAACUCGGCCAUCAAGACAGCCCUCAAGAAGCCGGAUACCGCGUAUGGCUUCUGGCUCACUCUCCCCGGUGCCGGCGUCGCAAAGACCGUCCUCCGCUCCGCUGCCCAACACUCCAACCGCUUCAGCUGGGUCCUCAUUGAUGGCGAGCACGGGUUGAUUUCGGAUAAGGAUUAUUAUGAGCUCAACAACGCCGUCGCGUCCGAGGGCGCCAGCCCGCUUAUCCGUGUCCCCUGGGGAGAGGAGUGGCUCAUCAAGCGGGCGCUCGACGCGGGCGCGCAUGGAAUCGUUACGCCUAUGUGUCAUUCGGCUGAGGACGCCGCCAAGAUCGUCUCCUACUGCAAGUACCCACCAACCGGAACACGCGGGUACGGCCCCAUGUUCGCAUUGCACUCGUUCCCCGAGGUUCCGGGCCCGCAGUACGAUGCGAAUGCGGAUAAGGAGACUGUUGUCUUUGUGCAGAUUGAGUCGAGGCCCGGCGUUGAGAACGUAGAGAAGAUUGUUGCUGUUGAGGGGCUGGAUGGGGUUCUUAUUGGACCCUUCGAUCUCUCAAAGCAAAUGGGCGUUGAGCGCGGCGGAGAAGAGCACGAGGCUGCCAUUCAGCGUGUGCUCAAGGCCACGCAUGAUGCGGGGAAGAAGGCGGCUAUUUUCUGCUCCAACGGAGUCGAUGCCCAGAGACGUGCUCAGCAGGGCUUUGACCUUGUUUCUAUCAACACAGACGUCGGCGUUCUCGGCGCCGGUAUGCUGCAGGAACUUGGGGUAGCGAGUGGCCAGGCUGCGGAUGGGAAGCCUCGUGAGGGAUACUAGAUGAUUCAUUAUGUAGUGAUGAGAUAGACAUAUAAACGCCUGAGAUGCUAUUGACUGGUCUAUCUUUGUGCAUUCAAAGUAUUUCACAAAGUAAUCUUCUGACACU